AUGGGCACCCUGGGCAAAGCGAGAGAAGCUCCGCGGAAACUGUCUCAUGGCUGCAGAGCAGCCCCUAAAGCAAGACUAGAGGUGAAGCCUGCCAGCAGCCCUCUCCCCUCCCAUCCCAGCCUGGCCCAGAUCACCCAGUUCCGAAUGAUGGUGUCUCUGGGACAUUUAGCCAAAAGAGCCAGCCUGGACGAUUUCGUCGACAGCUGUGUUCAAUCUUUCGAUGCAGACGGAAACCUGUGUCGAAGUAACCAACUGUUGCAAGUGACCAUGCACCGAAUUCUCAUUUCCUCUGCUGAACUGCUCCAAAAAGUUAUCACCCUCUAUAAGGAUGCCUUGGCAAAGAAUUCACCAGGGCUUUGCCUGAAGAUCUGCUAUUUUGUAAGGUAUUGGAUAACAGAAUUCUGGAUCAUGUUUAAAAUGGAUGCCAGCUUGGCGAGCACUAUGGAGGAGUUUCGGGAACUGGUGAAAGCUAACGGCGAGGAGCUCCAUUGCCGCCUGAUUGACACAACUCAAAUCAAUGCCCGUGACUGGUCCAGGAAACUGACUCAAAGGAUAAAAUCCAACACCAGCAAGAAACGGAAAGUCUCCUUGCUCUUUGACCACCUGGAACCAGAAGAGCUCUCCGAGCAUCUUACCUACUUGGAGUUCAAGUCCUUCCGGAGGAUAUCUUUCUCCGAUUAUCAGAAUUACCUUGUGAAUAGCUGCGUAAAGGAGAACCCUACCAUGGAGCGGUCCAUUGCCCUGUGUAACGGCAUCUCCCAGUGGGUACAACUGAUGGUUCUCAGCCUCCCCAGCUCCCAGCUCCGAGCUGAAGUUUUCAUCAAAUUCAUCCAGGUGGCUCAGAAGCUCCACCAACUACAGAACUUCAAUAUGUUGAUGGCAGUGAUAGGAGGCCUGUGUCACAGCUCAAUCUCCAGGCUCAAGGAGACAAGUUCACAUGUCCCCCAUGAAAUCAAUAAGGUUCUGGGUGAGAUGACCAAGCUGCUGUCCUCCUGCAGAAACUAUGACAACUUCCGGCGCGCCUACGGGGAGUGCACCCACUUCAAGAUCUCCAUCCUGGGCGUGCACCUCAAGGACCUCAUCUCCCUGCACGAAGCCAUGCCUGACUGUCUGGAGGAGGGGAAGGUGAACGUCCACAAGCUGCUGGCCCUUUACAAUCAUAUCAGCGAACUGGUCCAGCUGCAAGAGGUCACCCCGCCCUUGGAGGCCAACAAGGACUUGGUGCACCUGCUGACGUUAUCGCUAGAUCUCUACUACACUGAAGAUGAAAUCUACGAGCUUUCUUAUGCCCGGGAACCCAGGAACCACAAAGCUCCACCACUGACACCUUCAAAGCCACCAGUAGUAGUGGACUGGGCCUCUGGAGUAUCUCCUAAACCUGAUCCAAAGACCAUAAGUAAACACGUCCAGAGGAUGGUGGAUUCUGUCUUCAAGAACUAUGAUCAUGAUCAAGAUGGACACAUUUCCCAGGAAGAAUUUGAAAAGAUUGCUGCAAGGUUUCCAUUUUCCUUCUGUGUGAUGGACAAAGACAGGGAAGACCUCAUCAGCAGAGAUGAGAUCACGGCUUACUUCAUGAGGGCCAGCUCAAUCUACUCCAAGCUGGGCCUCGGCUUUCCUCAAAACUUUCAAGAGACCACCUACCUGAAGCCCACUUUCUGUGACAACUGUGCUGGAUUUCUCUGGGGAGUGAUCAAACAAGGGUAUCGCUGUAAAGACUGUGGGAUGAACUGCCACAAACAAUGCAAAGACCUGGUUGUGUUCGAGUGCAAGAAAUGAGCCAAGAACUCAGCAGUUCCCACAGAGAACAGCACUUCUGUGGGGCCAACGUCCAGCCUUUGCUCUUUGGGAGCCAAAGAUCUGCUCCAUGCACCUGAGGAAGGACCUUUCACAUUCCCUAAUGGGGAGGUUGUGGUAGAACACAGUGAGGAGAGUAAGGAUCAGACCAGCAUGCUCAUGGGAGUGUCCUCACAGAAGAUUUCUGUUUGACUGAAAAGGACUGUCGCCCACAAGGCCACCCAGACUGAAACACUGUCUUGGCUUGGCAGCGAGGGCCCUUCCGGUCACUUUGUGCUGUCUUCCCCAAGGAAGGCAGCCCAGGAUGCUCUGUAUGUGCUUCUCAGCCCUACAUCUCCAUGCCCCAGCCCAGUCUUGGUCAGAAAGCGGGCUUUCGUCAAGUGGGAGAACAAAGAACCCCUCAUAAAAUCAAAGGAGGAGUUCCAUCACCUCAGACUCCCAACCUACCAAGAGCUGAAACAGGAAAUAAACACACUGAAAGCAGAUAACAAUGCUCUAAAGAUCCACCUGAAAUAUGCACAGAAGAAGAUAGAAACCCUCCAGCUUGCAAGAAGCAACCAUGUCUUGGCUCAGAUGGAGCAGGGUGACUGUUCUUAG